UUAGAGGUUAUGGGGAAAACAGCGUGUGUGUGAAGCUGUCACUCAGAGUGGCCUGAGAAAUGGCGCAGUCGUAGCCCGGUCAUCCCCGGCACUCAGACAUCACACACACACACACAGACGCAGGAUAAAAGGAAACACACCGCCAACUCCGGCCUCGUGGUAACCAUGGGCCACGGUGUGGGCUGAGGAUCCGGAGGGCUUUACACACACCUACUGCUUCCACGUCUGUGUAUGACAUGGCCACGGCCCCAUCCAGAUCAGACUGUCGCAAUAACCACGGAAGGACAUCUCAGCUCCAUGCCAUCGUUUCAUGUGCCAAACUCAAGCGGAAGAAGAACUGGUUCGGUGCAGCGGCCAUUUACGUGGAGGUGACGGCGGAAGGAGAGAGCAGGAAGACGACCAAGUCUCACAAUCCCUCCAGUCCCAAGUGGGACGAUCGCCUCACCCUGAAUGUAACGCCACACUCACAGUUGGAGUUUAAAGUAUGGACCCAUCACACUUUAAAGGCAGAUGCUCUGCUAGGGAAAGCCACUCUGGACCUGCACCAAGCCCUGGAGCAACACGACAGGAAACUUGAAAACGUAAAGGAGGUGCUGAAGCUGACUCUGGAGAAUAAAAAUGGCGUGAUGACCUCCGGAGAGCUCACGGUCAUCCUGGACGGUCUCGCCGUCGACCAGGAACCUCUACACAACGGAAACGCCGCCACUACGACCAAAGUUCAGCAGAACGGAGAUGCCAUUCAUGAGAACGGGGAAGAAAACGCCAGAGCUCAGGACUGCUCGGUGAACGGAGUGGAAAGCGAAGCCCCGUCCACCUCCUCUGGCAACAGCGAUGGCAGCACUGCCCCUGUUGUCAACGGCGACGUGGAGUCCACACCCACACACCAGACAGCUUCGUCUACCACGCACCCUGCCGACAGAAGCGUGCCAAGUGCGACUGUCAAUGGGGAGAACUCUGUGGAUGCUGCUUCAGAAGAGCUGGUGCUGCCCCCUGCUGGUGGGACCGAGGAAGAAAACGACCCUUCCUCGAUUCUCUCUUUAACCUCCAACUCCUCUCCACACCAGCCUGCAGUCGAAUCCUCCAGCACACAGCCCAGCACCGAUGCUGCCUCCUCUUUGCCCUCUUCAUCGUCUGCACCCAGUCAGGCAGUAGCUGCUGAUGGUGGUGGCGGUGCGGCUGCUGCUUCGUCCUCCAGCUCCGCAGCAGACGCUGCUUCAGGCACCAGCACAGUCACAGACGCAGCCAAACCUCGACAGCAGCAACCCAACGUCAGCACUUCAGACCCCUUGCCCUCAGGGUGGGAACAGAGGAAGGACCCGCACGGCCGAACCUACUACGUCGAUCACAAUACGAGAACCACAACGUGGGAACGACCGCAGCCGCUGCCCCCAGGCUGGGAAAGGCGAGUGGAUACCCGUGGCCGGAUCUACUACGUAGACCACAACACGCGGACCACCACGUGGCAGCGGCCGACCAUGGAGUCGGUGCGUAACUUCGAGCAGUGGCAGUCCCAGAGAAGCCAGCUACAGGGAGCUAUGCACCAGUUCAACCAGAGAUACCUCUACUCGGCUUCAAUGAUGUCUGCAGAAAACGACCCCCUGGGUCCACUACCUCCUGGUUGGGAGAGACGCGUGGAUUCAAACGAUCGAGUGUAUUUCGUCAAUCACAACACAAAGACCACGCAGUGGGAAGACCCUCGAACUCAAGGGCUGCAGAAUGAGGAUCCUCUGCCCGAAGGCUGGGAGAUUCGUUACACGAGAGAAGGUGUGCGUUACUUCGUAGAUCACAACACUCGCACCACGACGUUCAGUGACCCAAGAACCGGCAAGUCCUCAGUCACUAAAGGGCCACAGAUCGCGUACGAGCGCAGCUUCCGAUGGAAACUAGCUCACUUCCGCUACCUGUGCCAGUCCAACGCGCUACCCAGUCAUGUUAAGAUCACAGUCUCUAGACAGACCUUGUUCGAAGACUCUUUCCAGCAAAUAAUGGCUCUGAAGCCGUAUGACCUUAGGAGAAGGCUUUACAUCAUUUUCAGAGGGGAGGAAGGACUCGACUACGGAGGCCUUGCCAGGGAGUGGUUUUUCCUUCUCUCUCAUGAAGUCCUCAACCCCAUGUACUGUCUGUUCGAGUAUGCGGGAAAGAGCAACUACUGUCUGCAGAUAAAUCCUGCAUCCACCAUCAACCCAGAUCACCUGUCCUACUUCUGCUUCAUCGGCCGCUUCAUCGCCAUGGCGCUGUUUCACGGGAAGUUCAUCGAUACAGGUUUCUCUCUGCCCUUUUACAAGCGCAUGCUCAACAAGAAGCUCCUCCUUAAAGACCUGGAGUCCAUCGAUCCAGAGUUCUACAACUCUCUCAUCUGGAUCAGGGACAACAACAUAGAGGAGUGCAGUUUGGAAAUGUACUUCACUGUAGAUAUGGAGAUUCUGGGCAAAAUUACGUCCCACAACCUGAAACCAGACGGCGAUAACAUUCUGGUGACAGAGGAGAACAAGGAAGAGUAUAUCGGGUUGAUGGCCGAGUGGCGAUUCUCUCGGGGUGUUGAGGGUCAGACCAAAGCGUUUCUGGACGGCUUUAACGAGGUGGUUCCUCUGCAGUGGCUGCAGUACUUUGAUGAGAAGGAGUUGGAGGUGAUGCUGUGUGGGAUGCAGGAGGUGGAUCUGCAGGACUGGCAGAGGAACACUGUGUAUCGUCACUAUACCAGGAACAGCAAACAGAUCAUGUGGUUCUGGCAGUUUGUGAAGGAGGUGGACAACGAGGUCCGAUUGCGACUGCUGCAGUUCGUCACGGGCACCUGCAGACUUCCUCUGGGGGGUUUCGCUGAACUCAUGGGGAGCAACGGACCUCAGAAAUUCUGCAUCGAGAAGGUUGGCAAGGAGACUUGGCUUCCCCGGAGUCAUACAUGCUUUAAUCGCCUGGACUUGCCCCCGUACAAAAGCUUCGAACAGUUGAAAGAGAAGCUCCUCUUCGCCAUCGAGGAAACCGAAGGAUUUGGACAAGAGUAGAGAACUGUCCUCUCUGCUGCAGAGCUUCCGGCAGAACGUUGGAAAAAUAAACGACGACGACAAAAAAAAAAAAACCACAAGAAAAGAAAAUUGCACAGAGAACUAUCAAUGUACAUAAGCUAUUUUGUCAUUUUAAACCAAAUCUUAAUCUGAAACCUCAUUUAGCAAUCUCCAUAACAUUAUUCCCCGUGAUUAUGCAAGCAUUUUAGCUUCUUCUUCUUCUUUUUUUUUCUUUUUAAAAGCAAAAAUUUAAAUACGAUAAUUUUUUUUUUCUUUUUCUUUCAAGGGGAUUGUCUCAAAAAAAAAAAAAAAAAAUCUGAGAGGAUUUUAUAACUAAACCAUAACUACGGCUCUAGUUUUAUAGAGCUCUUAAAGAAUAAUUGUAGUGUUCAGUCCGGUGCCUGGGUUUUUUCCCUGCUUAUUUUAUUUUAUUAAGAGAAAAAAUAAGAUUUUUUUGAUCUUUAGUUGUGUUUGUGCUGCAGUUGCAUGGCUGUCUCUGGAGAAGAACCUUCUCCUCCUCCUCCUCCUCCUCCUCCUCCUCCUCCUUCCUCAGCCCAUCCCCGCCCCAAGAUAAACUAAACUUCAUGCAGUAAAUCCGUUAUCCACAUGGCAAUAUCAUCCAAAAACAGUAUUGCAGUUGUCACUUUAGACCAAAAGUAUUUUAUUUCCUCCCUCUCUCUCUCUCUCUCUCUCUCUCUCUCUCUCUCUCUCACUUCAGCUGCUGCACAUUUAGCAUACACUUUUUAGAUAAAGACCUCCCAAGGAAAGGAGAACCCGCUCGCUCACUUGCAUGUCUUGGCUGUUCAUUUACACCGACGGCUUUUAAUCAGGUCUCUAGAUCCAUCGUUAGACUACUGCGGAGACUGGAACGAUUUUUAGUUUUUAUUUUUAGCAUAAUUAGAGAAGCUAGAAGGCUGAGCGAAAACUCUGCUGCUUGAAACGUCUACCGUCGUUCACUCGGCUUUUAGGAAUCAAGUUUUAAAUGACCAGAUUUUUUUUUUUUUAUCUGAAGCAGAAACAAUGGAUUGCAGAUUCAUCAGAUCGUUAGAUUAGAGAAUCGGAUUCGGACGUACGUCAGGAUCCUUCGUGUUCAUCGACAUGCUUGUGGGGACUGACCACAAGUUCACUGUGGCAACAAAAUCACUGUGUCCUGAGCUGUGAGGAUUUGAAAUAUGAAAUGAAAACUCCACCCUGAAUGAUUCGCCUAUUAAUCUGUAUCAUGCACCUCAUUUUAUAGCUGCAUCCAAGAUUUAUUUUGUAAAGAAAUCCCAGUUCGAGUCUCUUUCAUCAGUGUUUGAGCAGCUCUGGUGGGAUUUAUCCGUCGCUUCAUCUGUAGCUAAAGAGAGCAAUGGAGCGGCGCUUUAAUCCUUUUCUUCAAUCCUGUCUUUAAUCCGCUCUCUUACUCGUCUGUAUACUCCAUUUAAACAGCUUCCAUGCUAGAUGCUAGACACCACAAAGCCAUCGUCAUCUUAUAGAUCACCACCCAGCAGAUUCCAGCCUUUGUGCCAAGAUUUGCACUACUUCUGCAUCUCGUGAAUAUGAGGAUGCUGGAAAUUGGUGACCUGGAAGAUCCUGUUAUUUAGUUUUAAGAAGCAAUAUCGGAGUUAUCGCAUGCAACAGGUUUUUUUUUCCCCCCUUGUUAAAAUGCCCAGCAUUGUCCCCUUGUGACUUCGGCGAGGAAGACAAACCUCAUAUGUCUCACAGGAAUAAUAAUAAACGCACCACAGCCCAAAACAACACAUUUCAGGAUGGAGUUUUCCUUUCUGCAAAUCGACCCUUAACAGACCACCAUGCACUUGCUCUCGAUGGCCAACAGCCCGUGGGUUUGUCUUUGACAUCUAGUUUUUGACACCUCUGUGUGUGUGUGUGUGUGUGUGUGUGUGUGUGUGUGUGUGUGUGUGUGUGUGUUAAGCCUCUAUGCCAGGCUUUCACAGCUCUACUCAUCUUACCUCUGUUUCCUUUCAUUUAUUCCUCACCCGUAUUUUUUUUUUUUUAUUUUUUCAUCGACGACGCGAACACGCAGAUCGUGAAAAACAGCUACAAUAGCGAACACUGAACAUUUUCGACUGUGGAGUACGAAGCUUGAAACUAAAAACCAUGUAACUAACCGACGUCACUUUUUAACUUGUUCAAGUUUGUUAAAUGAGGAUGAGAUGUUGCCAUUUACAAAACAGGAAAAAAUCCAUUGUACCCUCAUUUAAAAAAAAAAAAAAACAACUGAAAUGCCAGUAUGUGAUUAUUUGUGCAUUAGAAAUAAAGACAUUUUCUAUUUAAGCGAGA